AUGCCUUUAGAGGAGGAGGACCAGGUGAGGGAGUACUUGAACAAAGUGGACAUACAGAAGCCCAUGGGGUCUGAUGGGUUAUAUCCACAAGUGCUGAGGGGGCUGGUUGAUGUCACUGCACGGCCACUCUUGAUUAUCUCUGAAAGGUUAUGGCAGCUGGGAGAGGUUCCUGAAGAUGACAUUAAUGACCUGGAUGACAGGACAGAUCGUACCUUCAACGAGUUCACAACAAAACUGGAAGGAGUGGAACAUAGACAAGAUUGGUGUGCUGUCAUUGCGAUGAACCAGGACAGGUUGGAGACGUCAGACGAGAGUAAUGUCAUGAAGUUCAAAAGAGGGAAAUGCAGCCGUGGCCCCGCCAGCCCCGAGCCCGCCGGGCCGUACCGCCGCCGCCGCCGCUGUGCGCACCCCGGGCCACCGCCGCGGCCUCACGCCCGGCCCUCGGCCCCCGGCCCCGCCCGCAGCCGCCCGCCCGCCAGGCCCAGCCGCGCUUCGGGUUACCGCGGCGACGGGAGAAGCUGCCCGGCGCUGUCCGCAACGGCCGCUAGAGCGGCGGGACGAGGCGGCUCCGGGCGGGAGCUGUGGCGGGAUGGGGGAGCGGGGGUGGCCGGGCUGCGGAGCAAUUGCCACGGCCGUAGCUACACCGGGUGCGAAAGGAGCGACGGGGGGAGCGCGGCAGGUAACCGUCGGGAAGGGGGCGGCCGCGGGAGACCGGGGAAGCCGUGGGCAUCUCCAUGUCCUCAGGUGCCCGGCACAGCCAGGGCUACCUCGCUGCCUGUGGCACCUCAGGUGCCGAUCAAGGGAGGUGGCCUUGUGGCAGUAUCAGCUCAAGUGCCUGGUCCCUGGGGAGCCAAGGGAGUUGGAGGUGGUUUUGUGGCAGUACCACCUCAGGUUAAAAUGAUAAUUGCUAAUACGGAGCAGCAACAAGCUGUUGCUAAAGCUUUUCCAUGUGAAGCUGAACUUCAGGAACUAGUGCAUCAAAUUGACAUCAUGGUAAACAGCAAGAAAAUGGAAUGGGAAAGGAAGAUGAAAGCUUUAGAAGCAAAGAUGGAUAUCCAGAAUCAAGAAUUAGCAAGUACCCAAAGCAAACUGGAACAAAAAGGUCAAGAGGUGGGACUACUUCAACAGAAACUGGAAGACUUACAGAAAACUAAAUAUGAAAUGGCUCAGAAAUAUGAAACUCAGCUUCAAGCACUGAAAUCUCAAUUUUCAAAGUUGACAUAUACUUUUGAAAAGCUACAGUCACAUCAGCUAAAACAAAAAAGGGUUAAAAGUAGAGAAAAAUGCGAGCAAAGCCUAGAGACACCAUCUGAACUGAACAGUUUAUACAAGAAACUGGAGGAUCUGAAGGCAAAAUCAAGAGAAUGGGAUAAGAAGGGAUCAAUCUGCCAAAAUUAUCUAAUUUAUUUAGAUGCUCAACAAAAAUUAUUGUUGGACAAAUGUCAUUUAUUUCAGAAGCAGAGCCAGACUUAUCAAUUCCAAUUACCCAAUAAGGAACAAAACCAAGAAGAAGCAAUUAUCUAUGGCCAGCCUGAAAGUGAAAAGGAUGCACCAAUUGUUGAAAAGUUAAAGGGAACUGUGAAUGAAAUUGAAAUGAACAAGAAUAAACUUGAAGAGGAAAAUCUGAAACUCCGUGAGGAUCUAAAAAUGUACCAAUACCAGUGCCAGAACAUGGAGGCAGGAUUUUCAGCAAUGAGAAAUGAGCUGCAGUCACGGGAUGCUCUCUGGAGAAGGACACAACUGGAAUGCCAACAGUUGCAUACAGAGUUACUGAAAAUCAGAGAGUACAAAGAUAUGCAGGAAAUUCAAAUGAAGCGUCAGGCAUCUUGUGUGCACGUUACCGAGCAAAGGGAAAAUAAAAAUGCUGAGUUAUUACUGUUGGCACAAAGUCAAGAACACCAACAAGAAGAGCUAAACAAGAUAAGAAGCCAUGUUUAUCAAGAGGAGCAGUCCCAUCACUCAGAGAAGGAAAGAAUGAAGAGAGAAAUCUCUGACCUGACGGAAGAGCUUCAUCAGAAGGAGAUCACUAUAGCAACUAUCAUGGAGAAAGCUAGUCUUCUGGAAAGACAGUUAAAAAUGGAGUUGGAGAUAAAAGACAAAUUGUUAGCAAAACAACAGUUGUUGGAUUUACAAUACAAAGUUAUCAAAUUUGAAAACACACAUCUGAAAGAGAUGGUGAAAAACCAAGACUGUAAAAGUUGCACAAGUGUAGAUUCAUCUAACAAAGAACAUGGAAUUUCCACAGUUUCUAUUCACAAGCUGGAAGACAAGAAUGUCCUACUACAAAACAGUCUUGUUAAAGUACAAAAUGGCACAGAGACAUCAAUAGUGGGUGGCAUGGAUACAUAUGGAGAACCAGAGCAUGGCUACCAAACCCAUUCAAGGAUGCAAGAGAAGGAAGAAAGAGCUUUCCGAAAGAAAGAUGCAUGGGAAAUGGAACGCCAGCAGACUGCUGUGUUCACAGCCAGCAGGCACCACAGAGACUGUACGCAUGCUUUAUAUGGCCAAGGAAACACCAGUGGUUUAAAAAGUGACAACUUUGACAGAGGACAUGAGAAAAAAGAGGAUGAUAUCUCUCCAUCUUCAGCAAUGGGGUUUCCUUCAGGCUUUGGUGUGCCACUUCCCAACCAGAGGAGAGCAGGCAGCUUACUGAGCCCAGCUUACCAGGCAGAAGAAAUAGAAUCAUCACCUCCCCCUGAGAUGUCCUUCCUUGCAACAACAGAAAAGUUCCUUCAGGAGGAAGAGAAGCACACGAGAGAGUUUGAAGAACGUUUAAAUUCACACCUUGAAGAACUGCAAAGACAUUCUGAAAAUACCCUCAAAAAAUACGCCAUGCUCCAGCAAAGCAGCCACACUUAA